UCUGACAGUUUAUGGUUAAGCUUCGAAAGUUUCUGACUUCCCUGCUGCUUCUCCCUCCUCUUUCCAGCUCUCAGAGUUUCCAUCCUCCUCCUUCCUCAUGACAAUGGCGAUAUUAGCUUAAAGGAAAAGGCGAGAUCCCAAAAGUUCAAAGGCAAACCACGCCCCCUAUCUACCCAAAAGCGAAAGCUCAGCCCCCGAAAAGCAGCACCGAUAAGAAAAAGAAAGAAAAGUUAAGGAGCAAAGAUGGGGAGACUCAAAAAGGCAUGGGGGAUCGGAGGUAGAAAUACCCGGAAGGCCUGCGAGCCCUCGCCAUGGAAUCCAGAUUGCGAAUCGUCCAAGCAAUGGAGGAGAUCGUGCCCGAGGGUUCCUCCCAGCCAUCUCAGUGGCGGUUGAGAGCUGCACGCCACUCGCCGGAGCCAUUUGACAGCGAGAAGCUACCACCCAUUCUGGUUUCCGAGAUUCGGCGCUUCCUUCGGGUUGCUAAUGAGUUAGAGAGGGAGUCUCCUCGAGCUGCCUACCUCUGUCGUUUCCAUGCAUUCGAAAAAAUUCAUACGAUGGAUCAAAAUUCUAGCGGGCGUGGUGUUCGACAGCUCAAAACUUCUCUUCUUCAGCGCCUUGAGCGGGAUGAAGAGGUCACCAAAUUACUUCGACUGCAAAAAAGCGAUGCUCGUGAACUGGAAUAUCUAUAUCUAAAGAAGAAGUCUGAAAAUGCACUUGAAAUUGCUUUUGUUCUCAUGGAAGUUCUGAAGGCAGUUUCAUUUACUGAUGGUCAUGAGCAGUUUCUUCCGGCUGGUGGGGACAUCAAGGAAAAAUCAGAAUCAUAUAGUCCAUACAACAUUCUUCCCUUUGAUUCUGGUGAUAGCCAAAACGCUAUAAUGCUUCUUCCAGAGAUUGAAGCUUCUAUUUCGGCUAUUCGCAAUGUUAGAGGCCUUCCAAGUAUAGAGAACAGCUGUGAAACUGGGCUUCCUUUGGAUUUACUUUACUGGCUGCAGAACUUGUUUGGCUUUCAGACUGGAAGUGUUUCCAAUCAGCGGGAACAUUUGGUUUUACUGCUUGCUAAUAUGCAUGUUAGGCAAAAUCCAAAACCUGCACUGGCCACAAAGCUUGAUGAUAGAGCUGUGGACGAGCUUAUGGGAAAACUCUUUAGAAAUUAUAGGAACUGGUGCAAAUUUUUGGGUCGUAAAUGUAACUUCUGGUUACCAUCAGUAAAGCAGGAAAUACAGCAACAUAAAAUUUUAUACAUUGCUCUCUAUCUUCUAAUCUGGGGAGAGGCUUCUAAUUUGCGGUUGAUGCCAGAAUGUCUGUGUUACAUUUUUCAUCAUAUGGCAUAUGAGUUAUAUGGAGUGCUAUCUAGUGCUGUUAGCUUAAAUACUGGAAAGAAGGUAGUCCCAGCUUAUGGUGGACAAAAUGAAUCAUUUUUGCGAAAUGUUGUCACCCCAAUUUACAAAGUUAUCUAUGAGGAAGCUCAGAAGAACAAAAAUGGUGUUUCGGAUCAUUCAAAAUGGAGAAAUUAUGAUGAUUUGAAUGAGUUUUUCUGGUCGACUAAUUGUUUUAAGCUUGGCUGGCCCUUGCGUCUUGAAAAUGAUUUCUUUUGCACAUCAUUUUCUUCAAAGCAAAUUAGUACCUCUAAGGAGUCUCCAAAUGAAACUUGUGAAUGGAAGUGGUUGGGGAAGACAAAUUUUGUAGAAGUUCGUUCAUUCUGGCACCUUUUCAGAAGCUUUGAUCGGUUAUGGACAUUUCUUUUAUUAGCUCUCCAGAUGAUGACUAUCAUGGCAUGGCAUGAAUUGGAGACACCUCUGGAACUAUUUGAUCCAGAAGUUUUUGAUGGCAUUAUGAGCAUCUUUGUGACUAAUGCAAUUCUUAGAUUCCUGCAAGUGGUUAUCGAUAUUUCAUUGAUGUGGGGAGCAAGGCAAAACAUGGAGUUCAGUCAGAGAUUAAGAUAUCUAAUUAAGUUUUUAGUUGCGUUAAUAUGGGCUAUCACUCUUCCCGUCUCUUAUGCUACAUCUCAAGGAAGUUCUGUAUGUUCCACCAUGCAAUUCCAGAGUGAUGCUGGCAACUUCUGCAUAUCACUAUAUCUGAUUUUUGUUUUGAUAUACCUUAUAAGCAACUUUAUCGGGGUUGCUUUAUUUUUUGUGCCUGCUGUCACGCACUACAUCGAGACAUCCAGUUGGCUGGCUUGUAGUAUUAUAUCAUGGUGGACUCAGUCUCAUUUAUAUGUCGGCCGAGGGAUGCAAGAAGCCCAAGUAUCCCUUCUAAAGUACACCAUAUUCUGGGUGAUUUUAUUGUCAUGCAAAUUAUUGUUUAGCUACCAUUUUCAGAUAAAACCUCUUAUUGAACCAACAAAGCAUAUUAUGAAAGUUAGUAUAAAUACUUAUGAUUGGCAUGAGUUUUUCCCAGAAGUUCAAAACAAUGCUGGUGCAAUUCUUGCUGUUUGGGCCCCAAUACUUCUUGUCUAUGUUAUGGACACACAGAUUUGGUAUUCUAUUUUCUGUGCAAUAUUUGGAGGAGUCUGUGGUAUUGUCCGUCAUCUUGGUGAGAUUCGAACGGCUGGAAUGGUCAGGAGCCGUUUUUAUUCAUUCCCAUCCAUGUUCAAUGGUUCCUUUGUCGCUCAUCCAUCACAAAAGAAAAAGGGGAGCAUCUUCAAAGAUAUCCUGAAGAACAAAGUUUGCAAGAGUACAGAAGCUGAGAGAGACGAGCUUCCGAAGUUUGCUCAUGUUUGGAAUCAGAUUAUUGCUAAUUUCAGAUCUGAGGACUUGAUUAGUAACAGAGAGAUGGACAUGAUGAUCAUGCCACUUUCAUCCAAGUUUGGUGGGACCUCAGCACGAUGGCCCUUAUUUCUUUUAGCCAUGAAGUUUUCUUCUGCUGUGAACAUGGCGAGAGAUUAUGUUGGGAAGCACGAGAAGCUUUCUAGAAAAAUUAAAAAAGACAAGUACAUGUUCUAUGCCAUCAAGGAGUGCUAUGAUACCUUAAAGAAUGUCUUCAAUUUUCUUGUCGUUGGAGACCUAGACAAAAGGGUCUUACGUGCACUUUUUGAUGACAUUGAAACAAGCAUUAGAAAUUCCAGCACCCCAAUUGAUUUCAAGCUGGCUGAGUUGCCUGUUUUGAUUGAGAAAGUUAUCAAAAUGGUAGAGAUACUGGUAACUGUAUUUGAAAAUAACCAAACUCGUCUAGAUGCACUGAUCAUUUCAUUCCAAGGUUUCCUUGAAUUUAUCAUCAAUGAUAUGAUGGUUGAAGGUGGCAGGAUACUGGAUAUUAUUGAUUCAUCCUACGGGCAAGAGAGGGGUGGGGAUGUUUCCCUCAUGCAACAUGUAUCACACAUGUUUAAAUCAGAUUCUAGGGGGUUUAUUGUUCCUUUCUCCCAGUCAGAUGAAGGAACUAGAAACUCUGUUCUACGUUUCCCACUGCCAGAUAAAGGACCUUUAAAAGACCAGCAGAUCAAACGUUUAUUUCUGAUGCUUACUGUCAAAGAAGCUGCUUUAGAUAUUCCCGCCAACUUAGAGGUCCGAAGACGCAUCUCUUUCUUUGCAACUUCUCUUUUCAUGGAUAUGCCUCCUGCUCCUAAAGUUCGCAACAUGUUGUCUCUCAGUAUAAUGACUCCAUACUUCUUGGAGGAGGUUAAAUUUUCGGAGGAUGAACUGCGUUUAAGUCAAGAUGGUGGUGCGUCCAUCCUCUAUUAUAUGCAGAAGAUAUAUCCAGAUGAGUGGAAGAACCUUUUGGAACGAUUCAACUAUAACAUAACAGAUGACGACACUCGAUGUUGGGCUUCUUUCCGUGGACAAACAUUGAGCCGAACAGUAAGGGGAAUGAUGUAUUAUAGGAAAGCAUUGAAAUUACAAGCAUUUCUGGACAUAUGUAGCAAUCAAGAUAUUGCCAAAGGAUGUAUUGCCAUUGAAAGAGAUAAAAAUCAGAAAAACAGUCAAAAUUCGCUGGCAGCAAAGCUUGAUGCAUUAAUUGACAUGAAAUUCACAUACAUCAUCUCUUGUCAGAUGUUUGGAUUACAAAAAGCAGCGGGGGAUUCUCAUGCGCAAGAUAUUAUUGAUUUGAUGUCAAGGUAUCCAUCACUACGUGUGGCCUACAUUGAAGAAAAGGAAGAAAUUGUAGAUGGCAAGCCUCACAAGGUUUAUUCUUCAGUUUUAAUAAAAGCUGUGAAUAAUUUAGACCAGGAGGUAUAUCGCAUCAAGCUUCCAGGUCCACCAAUCAUCGGAGAAGGUAAACCUGAGAAUCAAAAUCAUGCAAUCAUCUUUACUCGAGGGGAAGCUCUACAAGCAAUUGACAUGAAUCAGGAUAACAAUUUUGAAGAAGCCUAUAAGAUGAGAAACCUUCUGCAAGAGUUUAUUAGGCAUUCAGGCCAACCACAUCCAACUAUACUUGGCCUUAGAGAACACAUAUUCACAGGAAGUAUAUCUUCCCUUGCUGGUUUCAUGUCCUACCAAGAAACUAGCUUUGUAACUAUUGGGCAGCGGUUCUUAGCAAAUCCUCUUCGAGUACGGUUUCACUAUGGACAUCCGGACCUAUUUGACAGGAUAUUUCAUAUAACACAAGGUGGCAUAAGUAAAGCUUCAAAGACUAUCAAUUUGAGCGAGGGUGUAUUUUCUGGAUUUAACUCUAUUCUACGUCAGGGUCAUGUAACUUACCAUGAAUACAUGCAAGUUGGAAAAGGCCGUGAUGUUGGGCUCAACCAGAUAUCCAAAUUUGAAGCAAAACUAGCAAAUGGAAAUGGUGAACAAACUCUUAGCCGCGACAUUUAUCGCCUUGGGCAUCGCUUUGAUUUCUUCCGGUUGCUUUCAUUUUAUUUCACUACUGUGGGAUACUAUUUUAACAACCUAAUAUCAGUCUUUGUUGUAUAUGUCUUCCUAUAUGGACGGCUAUAUCUUGUUUUAAGUGGAGUGGAAAGGGCACUUAUUAUCGACGCUCGACUGCAGCACAUUAAAUCUUUAGAAACUGUACUUGCAACUCAGUCUUUCCUCCAGCUAGGUCUUCUUACUGGAUUACCAAUGGUGAUGGAACUCGGUCUUGAGAAGGGAUUUUUAUCAGCCAUGAGCAAUUUUAUUCUCAUGCAACUGCAACUUGCUGCUUCUUUUUUCACAUUUUCCCUCGGAACAAAAGCUCACCAUUUUGGUCGAACCAUCCUUCAUGGCGGUGCCAAAUAUAGACCAACUGGUUGUAAGUUCGUAGUUUUCCACGCAGGGUUCACAGAGAAUUAUCAAUUAUACUCUCGCAGCCACUUUGUCAAAGGAAUCGAAUUGAUCUUCCUCUUGUCAGUUUAUAAUUUAUUUAGCAUGUCUUACGAGAGCAGCAUAGCACACAUGAUGAUCACAUACUCCACAUGGUUCAUGGCCAUAAACUGGCUAUUCGUUCCCUUUCUUUUCAAUCCUUCUGGGUUCGCUUGGCGGAUGAUUGUUGAGGACUGGGCUGAUUGGAACAAGUGGAUGAACAAUGUCGGCGGCAUCGGCGUGCAACCAGAGAAGUGCUGGGAAUCGUGGUGGAAUACCGAGAAUGCUCAUCUUCGUCAUUCUGGACUGUGCUCUAGAAUUAUUGAAAUACUACUGUGCCUUCGUUUCUUCAUCUAUCAAUAUGGGUUGGUCUAUCACCUUGACAUAUCUCAGAAGAACAAAAACAUUGUUGUUUACAUGUUAUCAUGGUUUGUAAUACUUGCUGUAUUCUUACUAGUUAAGAUAGUUGGUGAGGGAAGUCGACGACUCAGCACAAAUUACCAUCUCAUUUAUCGGUUUCUGAAACUGCUUAUAUUUCUAUCUGUGCUUGCCGGCAUAUUCACCAUGUUGUGCGUUUGUCGGCUCUCCGUGAUGGAUCUAGUGAUAUGUUGCCUUGCAUUUCUUCCAACCGGCUGGGGAUUGUUGUCUGUAGCACAGACUUUACGACCGAAGAUCGAGGAAUAUGGAGUAUGGGAGCCAGUAAAAGUUGUUGCUCAAGCCUAUGAUUAUGGAAUGGGUGGUUUGCUUUUUAUACCCAUUGCAGUGCUCGCAUGGAUGCCAUUGAUUUCAACAAUCCAAACUCGAGUUCUUUUUAACCAGGCCUUUACCAGGCAAUUGCAGAUUCAUCCAAUUCUUUAUGGAAAGAACAGGAACAGGUGAUUUGUAAUCUUGGACCGGUAUGGUUCGAUCGCAAUGUUAAAUUGAAAGGAUUUCAUUUUCUAUAGUUUGAUGUAUAGGUUUUAUGUAAUUGCAAAUGCAUAUAACUGUUUGCAAUCCAAUAUUAAACCUUAUAUUAUUUUUCUUUGAUUUAUGUCACUUUGAAAUAUUCAUUAUGUAGUUUUUUAAGUCAUAAGAAGUAAAUAUUUAUGGA